AUGCUGAACCUGGCGUUCGUCAAGAAGAAGCAGGAGGAGGAGCGGGAGGCGAAGAGGCAGGAGGACGCGAACGACAAGCUCUCGCCGUCGGAGAUGCGGAUGCAGAAGGACAUGGGCGAGCUCGACCUCGACAGCUCGACGGUCAUCAACUUCGUCGACGGGCCGGACCAGGUGAUGCACUUCGAGGUGGUCAUCCGGCCGCCCGAGCGCACGCCCUACCACGGCGGGCGCUUCCGGUUCGACGUGAGCGUCCCGCUUACCUACCCGCACGACCCGCCCAAGGUCCGCUGCCUGACCAAGGUCUACCACCCGAACAUCGACCUCGAGGGCAACGUGUGCCUGAACAUCCUGCGCGAGGACUGGAAGCCCGUCCUCAGCGUCAACUCGGUCAUCAUCGGCCUCCAGUUCCUCAUGUCGGACCCCAACCCCGACGACCCGCUCAACAAGGAGGCCGCCGAGAUGAUGCGCGCGCGCCGGUCGCAGUUCGAGAACGUCGUCGCGCAGCACGUCCGGCGGGGGACUUACAUCGGCAACGACUACUUCCCCGCGUGCCGGGACUGA